AUUGUUGUGAUAAACUUAUUAAAUAGAUUGGUCUUGUUUGGCUAUUACAGUUUUGUUUUUUACUCCUCUAUGCUGUGCUGAGUGAUGUCAGUGACUCUGCACACAGACCUCGGAGACAUAAAAGUGGAGUUGUUCUGCGAUAGACCCACCAAGACUUGUGAAAAUUUUUUGGCGCUGUGCGCCUCUGGUUACUUUUCCGGCUGCGCUUUCCACAGGAACAUCCCAAAUUUCAUAGUUCAGACGGGUGACAGGACGAACACGGGCAAAGGCGGUGCCAGUAUCUGGGGCAGGAAGUUCCCUGACGAGAUUUUCGACAACCUCACGCACAACAAAAGGGGCAUCCUCUCCAUGGCAAAUUCAGGUCCGAACACUAACGAGUCCCAGUUCUUCUUCACAUACAGCAGUUUGCCCCAGCUUGACGGAAAGUACACUGUGUUUGGCCACAUUUUGCACGGACUGGAUGUGCUGGAUGAGCUGGAAAAGCUGCCACCAGUGGACCAGGAGAUGAGAAGCUUCCGACUUACCAGCGAUGUUUUUAUACAUUCAGUCACAGUACACGCCAAUCCCAUAGCCGACAUGCAUUAGCUAUGAAUAGUAGUGAGCAGACAGUGGUUACUUAUAGUGAUUACACUAGCAUGUUCUCUGCAGUCGCUGUUCCGUCAUGCAUAGCGUGCAGUACUUCUUUACUGACUGAGAUAGGAAUGAACCUAAUAAGAAUUGCUGCAAAAAACCGCUAUGCUGCUAUUUGGGGUAUAUUCGAAGUAGAUGUCUCUAGUAAAUCCAACUGUGUUAAUGCUAAUAUUAUAUGAUUUUCCUGGAUAACGCGUAAUUGACUGAAUCUGGCAUUUUCGUUUAAUAUCUGCUCUUAUUCCCGCAAUUUUUGCAAUAU